CUAUUCCAGUGAGAAGGUAGAAUGGAAGAAGUAACAGAAAUCAUGCCAGAAAACUCAACAGCGUCUUUUUAUGACAGGAACGAAACUUCUAAUAAACCAAUUCCCUCCGUGUAUAACAUAACCUUUGAGGAUUCUAACUGGAUAAUGACUGCGGCAUUUAUAAUAUUCACUAUGCAGACUGGUUUCGGAAUGCUGGAAUCAGGCUGCGUCUCUCGAAAGAACGAAAUGAACAUCAUGAUGAAGAACGUUGUGGACAUAUUCCUGGGAGGAAUAACAUACUGGGCGGUAGGUUAUGGCAUGAGCUUUGGGCAAGAAUGGAGUUGCCCUGUACUGGCACUAGGUGAUUGGUUGCUUGAUUCACCACCAGGUCCGGAAAUGGGUCCCAAGUUCACGGCGUUUCUGUUUCAGCUAUCAUUCGCAACCACAGCAACUACGAUAGUGUCUGGAGCCAUGGCUGAAAGAUGUAACUUCAAGGCAUAUUGUCUGUUUUCGCUGUUAAACACAGUUGUGUACUGCGUUCCUGCGGGUUGGGUUUGGGGUGAUCAUGGGUUUUUAAGACGAUUAGGAAAUGUCGAUAUAGCAGGGAGUGGACCCGUUCAUCUAGUUGGAGGUGUUUCAGCUUUUGCUUCUGCCUUUGCACUUGGUCCAAGACUCGGCCGCUAUGACAACGGGAUAGAACCACUACCACUGGGGACUCCGGUAAAUUGUGCCAUGGGACUCUUCGUACUGUGGUGGGGAUGGCUCGCGUUCAACAGCGGAAGUACGUAUGGUGUUUCGGGGGCCAAGUGGGCGUACGCUGCGAAAGCUGCAGUCAUGACGAUGAUAUCAUCCUUUGGAGGUGGUUUGAUUGGACUGUCGUAUAGCCUCUACAUCAGUGACGGUCACACCAAUAUACUCCAUAUCAUCAACAGUGUUCUUGGAUCACUUGUUUCAGUAACAGCUGGAUGCUACUUGUAUACUUCUAUUGAUGCUUUCAUCAUUGGAAGCGUUGGAGCUCUGCUUACAUCCGUAUCCACACCAUUGUUCGAUAUGAUCAGAGUCGACGAUCCUGUGGGCGCUACAGCCGUUCAUGGAAUUUCUGGUGUAUGGGGUGUUAUAGCGGUAGGUCUUUUUGCUGAAAAUCCAUACCCAUUAAAUACUACUAGCGGACGGUGUGGUGUUUUAAAAGGAUGUGGUUCUUACCUAUUGGGAAUUCAGGCUCUGGGAGCAUUGUGUCUCGCAACGUAUAGCUUCAUAUCCUCAUACAUUAUUUUAUGGUGUAUAAAUAAAAUCGUCCCCAUUCGCAUGCUUCCACAUGAGGAACUACUUGGUGCAGACCUAUCUGAACAUCUAAUUCGGCACACAGAUGAAGGAGUUUCUAAAGCUAUUCGAACGCUAUUAAAUAUGGGAUGCAUAAAACAGGACUAUACCCUUAUUAAGACAAUUGGUAGUAAUCCAGGGCAUGAAUCAUACUUGGAAAGAUAUGCAAGAGAAAAAACAGCAAAACCAAAAAAUGAAAAAGACCAAAUUGGUGGCCAUGUGAUGAAUAUAGUACAAUCCAUAAAGUUUGCAGAGAAGACACCAAAUCUUGCAUGGAUUGACUAGGUAUUUCCAAUGUUCUUAUUUAUUAAUAAAAACUGUUGUCCUUAAUUAUGUAAACAAAACAUAAAAAAGAGAUGUUUGUAGAAAUAGUAGUAGUGAUGCAUUUGAGGUGUGUGAAUUAUUU